CCGUCCGUUUGAAAUCCCCCCUGCGAGUCGACUACCCCAUCACCGCAUUUGAAAUGAAAUCGAACUGAAAAAAGAAUAAAAAGUUCCCCCCUUGGAUCGGCGAACUCUAUUCUCAUGGCGACGGCUUCGUCGUCUUCGGCCGAGCCCGGGCUUCCGAAGGCGGAGGCCGCGGCUGGCGGAGGAGGAGGAGGAGGGGAGGGAUCGUCGGAAGGGCGGCGGGGGGCGGCCAGCGACCAGCUGAGCUUCGGGGGAAUGAAGAAGGUGAGGAAGGAGAGGGUUUGCACCGCCAAGGAGCGCAUCAGCCGGAUGCCGCCCUGCGCUGCUGGCAAACGGAGCUCCAUCUACAGAGGAGUCACCCGACACAGGUGGACAGGCCGAUACGAAGCUCACCUUUGGGAUAAAAGUACCUGGAACCAAAACCAAAAUAAGAAAGGGAAACAAGUAUACUUAGGUGCAUAUGAUGAUGAGGAGACUGCUGCUAGAGCUUAUGAUCUUGCUGCUCUGAAAUAUUGGGGUGCUGGGACACUCAUUAACUUCCCUGUUAGUGAUUAUGUGAGAGAUCUUGAAGAAAUGCAGACGGUUUCAAAGGAGGAGUAUCUUGUGUCUCUUAGAAGAAAAAGCAGUGCUUUCUCAAGAGGGUUUCCUAAAUAUCGUGGACUUUCCAGACAACCUCAAAGUACCCGAUGGGAUGCAACCCUUGGACAGAUGAUAGGAAAUGAAUAUUGCAACAGCUUAAAUUGCAGUACAAGUAGGGAUGUGGCUACAGAUGGAAAAUAUGCUGGUAGCUUUGGCAUGGAGAGAAAAGUUGAUCUAACAAGUUAUAUCAGGUGGUGGAUUCCCAAGAAAACACGUCAGUCAGAAUCAACCUCCAAUGCAGAAGGUGCUGCUGGAGAACUCAGAACUCUAGAAUGCUCGGUACGACCCACUGAGCCAUACCAGUUGCCUUCACUUGGGCUUCCUCGCAAAGGAAAGCCUCAUGCACGGGGCGUGUCUGCAUGCAGUAUCUUAUCACAGUCAGAAGCCUUUAAGAAUUUUCUUGAGAAGUCAUCAAAGACAUCAGAAACAAAGGAUGAUGCUUCUUACAAGGACAUGGAACAUGGAAAGGCAGUUCCUCGCUUCUUUUCUGGUGGUGGUCUUGAUAGAUCUGGAGUCAGCUUAGGUUUGAGUGAAUUGGCUGUCCAAAGAACUCCAUACGCAUUUGCUCCUCCUGUCUCUGCACCAUCGAGGGCCACUUGGAACUCUGUUGAUCCUGUUCCUGAUCCUGUUUUUUGGACAAGUCUUGUUCCACCAUCUGGACAAUCUCUGACAACAAUGGUUCAGACUCUGCCUGCAACUUCUUAUCCUUCAAAUACCUAGUGAAAGUUGACUAUUUUCUCUUAUCAUAUAUAUUGCUAAGUUUUUUAUCCUUUUUUAUUUACUUAUGCAUUUUAGGAAGAAUGAUAUAAGUUCUUUAUAUUCAUACAAAUGCUUGGACUGAAGCAUCAAGGAACUGUGGCAGACACUAGUCUUGCUUUUCCAGGUUUGGCAUCAGCAGAGUGAUGUUACCUUGUUGCAAGGAUACACGCCAGCUGAGAUGUGUAGAUUAGCUGAAAUGCAUUUGUGGUGUAUUAAUGGUAGCAGGUAUGAUUUUGAGAGUGGCAUUUACAUCUCCAGUUUACAUUCGCAAAGAUUUUGACUUGUCCUUGAAGAAACUACAGUCAGCCUGUUUAUAAAAGCUGAAAGUCUCAAGGAAUUAAAAUGUUGAGUAAAUAGUCAGUUAAAUUCUGACUGAACCUGAGUUGCGCUAGGAAGAGACUUGUUGAUAUUUUUGGUGAA